AUGCCUUGCUUGAAGCUUGUUUUUGAUAAUGACAACAUUCCUACUACUACUACUACUACUACUACUACUACUACUACUACUACUACUACUACUACUACUACUACUACUACUACUACUACUACUACUACUACUACUACUACUACUACUACUACUACUACUACUACUACUACUACUACUACUACUACUACUACUACUACUACUACUACUACUACUACUACUACUACUACUACUACUACUACUACUACUACUACUACUACUACUACUACUACUACUACUACUACUACUACUACUACUACUACUACUACUACUACUACUACUACUACUACUACUACUACUACUACUACUACUACUACUACUACUACUACUACUACUACUACUACUACUACUACUACUACUAAUGCUUUCAUUUGUUUAAAUGUUUGUAGUUAUUUAUGUGUUGAAAAUAAAUUGCCUCUCAAGCUUAAUACUUACUACUUAUUAUGUUUAUGCUUCAAGUGA